GGGGAAUGAGGUCUACGGACCUUUGACUUGCAAGUCUCAGAGCUUCACGAUUGGAGGACAGAAAGUGCUGGCGGGUCGAGGGGCCGCUGUCAUGUCUACGGACGCCGCACGCCUGCAAGACUUGCUUGAGUGGGCCAAAUCCAAGCACAUCUGGACGCACGACGGCAUAGCGAUCAGAACCUCUCUCACGCCGGGCAAUGAGUCAUCAGAUACGUAUUCGAACAGCACGCAUGCCAAUGAAGUAGGCCAUGCAGGCUUCGGGGUGUAUGCGGUCGAGAGGCACCAAGGGACAACGGACGCAGCACGGGACGCAACGGAUGACAAUGACAUCGACAUCCGUGUGUGGCCACGCCAGGUCGUGGUCCUCACGCCCAAGUCGGCCAUCUUAAGCCCACGUAAUUCUAGUUUGGCCAAGCAUAUUCCCUCAGAAGACUAUUUUAACUCCGACUCCUCUGCCGGACUGCUGCUGAGCCUUGUACUCCUGCACGAGUACCUACUUGGAGGAGAGAGCGACUGGUCUGGCUAUUUAGGAAGCUUGCCCCAUGGUAUGGCCUUUCCAUCCUCGCCCUGCUCAAGCGCAACCCAUGCGCAAGGGGCUGCGAGCCUCAGAAAGCCCGAACCUUUCUCCGAUUCGGAAGAUUGGGGUGUGCCGAUACCUCUGCUAUGGCCCAAAGAGUCGGAAGAAUGGAGCUGGAUACGCAACACCGAGGCUGGUCGUAUUGUAGAGCGCGUCUCCAAAGAUCCUGCCGGCAGCCUAGAAGGCAUGGGGAUGAGCCUCGAUCACCCCUCUCAGAAGCGACUUGAUGGCUAUUUCCAAAGCCAGGUGCUUCCGACACUCCAAGCAGCCCGUCCUGCUUACAUGAAAGGCGCGGAGGACCAUUUGCUGCGCAGCUUCCGGAGAGCGUACAGCAUUGUCUCCUCUCGCGCUUUCGUGGUAGAUAUGUGGCAUGGCUUAGCCCUUGUUCCCUUGGCCGAUAUGUUCAAUCAUUCGUCCGACCCCAACAUGCAAUUCGAAGCGGACGACGAGGUCUGCGAUCAGUGCGGAGCUUUGGGCAAAUGCCCUCACAGCGACGACCCGCUACCGGGCUCAGCAUAUGGUAGGCCGUCAGCUUUCAUGCCGGCAUCACAUGGGCCCAAUUCUGUCGACUGGGUCCCCCCGCUUCCAAUCUUAGCUCAGAUUGGAGCGGACACAGUAGAUAUGGUGGCAACCUCUGCCAUACUGAAGAACGAAGAGUGCCUCAACUCAUAUGGCCUGCUCAGCAACGCGAGUCUGCUAGCUGCUUAUGGCUUUGUUCUGGCGGAAGAGACGGAGUUUGAAAGGAUUGGAUGGGAUUGGCGCAUGUCGGACGAGCGACGGGAGCUUGCAACCAGCCUGCAGUUGGGAACGGCACCUGGAGCUCUUGAUCUGAGUUUGCGAUAUACAGAGAACUCGGUAGACGAUGCUCAGAGGUCCAACAAGCGCACGAGACUGUCGGAUGCUGAGACGAACAACGGUAGCUCGAACGUGCAAAAUAAUCUUGCAGAAUGUAUCGACACAUCAGGCGCACCCUUGGUACCACAGAAUUUUGCAAUUCGCCGGAAGUUCGUUCGCAAAUGCGUGCAUGCUUUGAACCUCCGGGUUGAAGAAGCAUGGCAUGGAGUGCAGGAGCUGCUCAAUGAUCCGUCCGAGGGUGGGAUCAUGGCACCGGCAGCAAGUCCGAGAUUCCCCGAGCAAGCGACGCUGAGCUUGCCGGUAGACUCUCCGUUCAGCCUUUUGGCACACGUGGAGCCUUCCGAAAGAAGGUCAUCGAUCACCAAUCACGAACACUUGGGCGGCAUCAGGUCCAGCGCAAUCGCAGAGGGCCUGGAGUCCUUCUUGGCGCCUUUGUCGGACCACGAAGGCACUUCCGACUUGCGGCAGCCCUUCUUCGUGGACGGUGAAGGUCGCGUUUCCGUGGUGCUUUGGCGGGCUGCGCUUCUCGCUCAGCUCUCUGCAGAGACUACAGCGAAUCUCGCAAACACGAUGGAGCCAUUACAGGAAGGCCUCGUCAUCAGACGUGGAAUUGCCGACGCCGAAUCAGAUCUAGCUAUAUUGGUGGCAGAACAUGAACCGCAGGAAGGGAUCUUGCGAACUGUGGCAACGCGAGACGCCGAGCGCGUCAAGCGCACUAUACAAGCUUUGCAGACACUCGUCAAGUCUCGUUUGGCCGGUCUGCGAAUUUCUCGCCCGGAAGAGGAAAGAAAAGCUCUUGCUAUUAUAGAGAAGCCCAAUGCCUCGCCGCUCAAGUUCGCUGCGCUGCAUGCUUUUCAGGAGCUUGCGGCUCUGCGAGCAUGCUUGGAGAGGCUUGAAAGCGUGUCACAUAAGCUCCCAUGAACGUUGGCUCAGCAAGCCCUCCAAUCGUCCUCGCUUUCGCAAUCUGAUGGUCAACGGAAUUGUAAAAUAUGCAAUUGCACUGGGAGAUUCAUUGCGUAGGUUGUGACGUCGUGCCAUCAUACCAUGAAAUGGAUAGUUGAUGCGAGCGCGUGCUGGAUGAAGGUGACAAUAUAAUGUUGAACAAGAGUUGGGAAGGCUGCUUUGAAGCAGACCA